AACACGCAUACACACACACCACAGACGCGUGUGGUUGACCGCACCGGGCUCUCGGCUAUGUGUGAAGACACGCGCGGCACGCCAAAGAAGCAGCACUACUGAAUCUGACGCUCGCUUUGUAGCAGGACUGCCAACCAGAUCGCAUCGAAAAUCAUCCUACUUUCUCUCUCUCUUUUUACCCUCCCUCUCUUUUCAGUUGUACUUGUGUGAACAGAGCUGGAGUAAAGGAAAUACCCCCCUCCCCCCAUCUCUCUCUCUCUCUCUUUCUGUCUGUCCUGUGGUGGGAUAAACAGUGAAAAGAUGAGCCUGUGAUACAGCACCAGACCUGAGUGACCUGACAGCUCAAACUAAUCCUGUUCAGACAAAAAUAAAUGCUGCCAGUUGAAGCCUAGUCUCUGAUAGCAGUGGAGAACAACCAGUCUACUUCCCGGAAGAAUACAAGACUUCUCUGAUCUGGGAGGCUCAUUUCCCAAGCUCAGCAUGAGGGACGGCACAGCAACUCCAUGAGAGUGAAAAGGGGGAAAAAAUGAAAGACUCCCAAAGGCACUGGCAUAUGAGUGAUGGACUUGCCCAGAGGUUCAUCGGACAGAGUGACUUGCCACGCUCCGACUGCCCCCUUCUCCCCACAGCAUCAGACACCUCUGUGGUUGCAGUGAGACCCCACCUGCUCAGCAACAGCUGUACAUGGAGACCCCCAGUUGGGCAGAAACCAAACCAGGAAACGGGCUGUGUAAAACAGGAAGCAUUGCUCUCUUUGGAAACGUAGUGUACAGUGGGCUGCUGAACGAUCACUUCUGGCAUUUCGGGGUGCCCCUUGUCACAAGACUGGGUAACCAGGAGGCCCCUGCUCCCCCAGAAGCCAUGGCUCAGCCGUACGCUCCAGCACAGUAUCCUCCCCCUCCACCUCAGAACGGGUUGCCUGGCGAAUAUACCCAUCCUGGGCAGGACUACACGGGGCCCAGUCCGGUCCCUGAGCACGCUGCAGCCCUCACUAUCUACACACCCACACAGACACACAGCGAGCCACCUGGCACUGACAGCAGCACGCCUUCCCUCACAGGGACUAGCAGCAUACCACAAGCGGACGAUGUGGCGCAGACAGACGGCUCUCAGCAGCUUCAGCUUCAGCUCCAGCUCCAGCCCUCAGACUCUUCGGAGAAGCAGCAGCCCAAACGGUUACACGUCUCCAACAUUCCCUUCCGCUUCCGUGACCCAGACCUCCGGCAAAUGUUCGGGCAAUUUGGGAAAAUUUUGGAUGUGGAAAUUAUUUUUAACGAGCGGGGCUCUAAGGGUUUUGGUUUUGUAACUUUUGAAACAAGCAUAGACGCAGACCGCGCACGGGAGAAAUUAAACGGUACAAUCGUAGAGGGACGCAAAAUUGAGGUAAAUAAUGCAACGGCACGAGUAAUGACAAACAAAAAAGUGGCCAACCCAUAUACAAACGGCUGGAAGCUGAAUCCAGUGGUGGGAGCUGUCUAUGGUCCUGAAUUUUAUGCAGUGACAGGCUUCCCCUAUCCCACCACAGGGGCGACGGUGGCUUACAGGGGCGCCCACUUGAGAGGCAGAGGUCGUGCCGUCUACAACACGUUCCGCGCCGUACCUCCACCCCCUCCCAUUCCUGCUUACGGAGCUGUGGUUUACCAAGAUGGCUUCUACGGUGCUGAGAUCUAUGGUGGCUAUGCAGCAUACAGAUAUGCCCAACCAGCCGCAGCAGCUGCAGCGGCCUACAGUGACAGCUAUGGCAGAGUCUAUGCAACAGCAGACCCUUAUCACCACACGAUUGGACCUGCAGCCACAUACAGCGUGGGCACUAUGGCUAGCCUUUACAGAGGAGGUUACAGUCGCUUCACACCCUACUAGAGAGAGAAUCAAUCCAAACAAACAAACAAACAAAAGAAAACAAACACAAACAAACAACCCAACCGCCUCUACGUUCAAUAGAGCAAAACGCCUCCGGGUCAUAAGCGAACCUUCUCUGAACAGUCACAUUUGGGCUAAAGCUCUUCUUAUAAACCUGCGGUUAUCCAGCAUUUCUGUUGCUUGGCUAUUGAUUUGGAAUCUGUUUUGUUUGUAUUGAAAUGUGUGGUCCGGUAGGGGAGGGGCUGAGUGACAGAGAGGAGGGGGGCCGGAGGGGUGCUGUCCAAUGAGUUUUCUCAUUUAGUCACGCCGUAGAUUUAUGGGCAUGAGCUCAGCUGAUUUAUGUGGACAGGGAGUGGGCCAGGAAGUGAGUUUAUUUGCCUUACUAAAUGGCACAGCAAUGAGCAACUUGAGCAAAACAACAGCAGCGCUAGACUCGCAUACGUAUAUUUGCAGUCUUUGCAUUAAAGGCCCCACUGAACACCCACUUAUUAGAAGUAGCGAUGACUGCUAUUCAUUAAAAUAUGAAAAGAAAAACCUCUAAGGUUUGCAUAUGCUAUCUGUAAACUACUAAUAUAGCCUUACUAUUUCUUCUCCAGUAAAUAUCAAAGGGAAAUAUGGAUAUAAACAUUGAUUUACAAAGCUCCGGCUUUCUCUUAUGGAGUCUAUGAU